UCAGGUGCGAGUCGCCAGAAGACUGAUAAAUUUAAGAAGGAGCGGGCGGAAGUGGGUCACUGACUCGGAGCUUCAAGGGAGCUUCUGCAGAGGGUGGAACUGAGUCGCGCUCGGCGUGCACGUCCCACAUCUCGCACUUGGGGCGGCGACGUCACUCGAGCAUUUCCAUCAAGAGCUGGUCUUGGCAUUCAAUUGACCUGAAACACGGCGGUUCACGCGAGCCCAACAUCGCGAUAAUGGACGGUCCAGACAGUUUAGAAGCCUUCGAAAAGGCUCUUGCCGCCGAAAAGGCGGAGGAGGAACGAGCCGCGCGGGAAAAAGAAGAACGCCGCGAGCGGAAACACAGACACCACCAUCGUCGCGACCGAUCCUCAGAGCGCGACCGAACCACCGAGAAACACAGACACCGUGAUUCAGAUAGGCGAGAGGACCGCAGUGGCCGCAAUGGAGACAAAGAUAGGCGCAGCCAUCACCGAUCCCGAGAUGACGAUUCGGGCGAGGACGGGCACCGUCACAAACGCUCGCGCCACUCCCGCGACGAACCAGAAGAAGAAUCCAGGCAUCGGCAUAGGCACCGGCACAGAUCAAGAGAACGUUCGAGGGACAGAGACGAUAAAGCGCGCGAAAGGCGGGGGACGAAAGAUAUGAAGGAUCUCAAGCUAUCGGACCCCAAGGAGGAUCUCCCCAUCCCUGACGAAGAGAAGACCCCGGCCGGCGCUACACCUCUUCUUCGAGACUCAUGGAUGACGGCCCCGUCCGCAUUGGAUGUCGACUACGUUCAUAGGGGGGCGAACCGGAAGAGCCCAUCGCCCGUAAGAGAGGAACCGCCGAGGGUGUUGCACAAACGAGAACUGAACCGAGGUCUGGGCGAGGUGCACGCCCCCGAGGAAACCCAGGAAACUGCUACGAGGGAAGUCAACUACAAGUUCGGCGACGAGGGAUCGCAAUGGAGGAUGACGAAGCUGAAGGCGGUGUACACCAUUGCGGAACAGACAAGCCGCCCGGUUGAUGAGGUUGCCGAGGAGCGAUUUGGUAGCCUGCGGGAGUUCGACGAUGCCAGGGAGGAGAAAGUCGAGAUGGACAGGCGCGGUGUGUACGGUGAAGGCUAUGUCGGCAAAGAAAAGCCGAGUGGCGAGCUGUAUGAGGAGCGAAUGGCCACGACCCGGCGGGAACCAGCACACUCGCCAUCUCCGGAACCCGAGCAAGGCGUGGUUGUCGAGGAUAUGAUCCAGCCGGCACCUCCAAUGGACCAGUCCUCCCUCAACCGCAUGCGCGCUCAGCUUAUGAAGGCAAAACUUCGCAAUGCCCCCGAAGCGGCCAAGCUCGAAGCAGAGUACAAUGCCGCCAUGGCCGCCUUCAGCACCGGCGCCGCCUCCAACAACGCCGUCGUACUCGACGCAUCCCAUAACCGCAUGCUGGCCGGUGCCCGCGGCGAAGUCAAAGCGGUCACCACCAAGCGCGGGGUCGAGCGCGGCCAGGUCGAGGCCAACGAAGACAUGUCUGUCCAGGACAUGCUUCGCGAAGAACGCCGCACGCGCGGGCAGGCCGGAGGGGAAGGGCUCCGCCUCGCCGAGCGCAUCGCCAAAGACGCCAAAUUCGACAACGACCUCGAGUACCUCGACGAGAACGCCGCCAAGCUAGCCAAGCGCGUCCACAAGACCGACUCCUCCCUCAAGAACAUCGCCGUGACCGAAUACAAAAAGCUCAACCGCAUCCUCGACACCUGCCCGCUCUGCUUCCACGAAGACCGCGCCCCGCCGCAGAACCUCCCCACCGCCCCCGUCAUCUCCCUCGCCACCCGCACCUACCUGACCCUCCCCACGGCACCCGAACUCACCGGCGCCGAAGGCGGCGCCGUCAUCGCCCCGCUCAGCCACCGGACCAACCUGCUCGAGUGCGACGACGACGAGUGGGAGGAGCUGCGCAACUUCAUGAAGAGCCUGACGCGGGCGUACCACGAGCAGGGGCGCGAGGUGCUCUUCUACGAGAACGCGGCGGCGCCGCACCGGCGCCCCCACGCCGCCCUCGUCGCCGUGCCCGUCCCCUACGACCUCGGCGCCACCGCGCCCGCCUUCUUCCGCGAGGCCAUGCUCUCCGCCGACGAGGAGUGGACGCAGCACCGCAAGAUCCUCGACACGGGGAAGCGCGCCCGCGAAGGGUUGGGCAAGCUGGCGUUCCGCCGCACGCUGGCGCGCGAGAUGCCGUACUUUCAUGUGUGGUUUGAUCUGGAUGGGGGGUUGGGGCAUAUUGUGGAGGAUGCGGAGCGGUGGCCCAAGGGGGAUCUGUUCGCGCGUGAGAUCAUCGGUGGUAUGUUGGACUGCGAGCCGGAUGUGAUUAAGCGGCAGGGGCGCUGGUCGAGGCAUGAUGACCGGGUGGAGGGGUUUAAGAAGAGGUGGCGGAAGUUUGACUGGACGAGGGUGCUUACUGAGGCCGAGUAGUGAAUGAUCGGAGGGCUGUCUGGUUGGUUCAUCAAAAGGGAAACAAAGGAGUUUAAGCACUGGUUUUUUGCGAGCCUUCAAACGCUAAAUAAUUGAUACAUGAUGAUAUCU